AUGAUGUCAGUUGGAAACGUCAGUUUUAUAAAGGCUUUUAUCAUUGUUGGGUUCCCGGGACUUCAGCCUCGAUACUACGCCAUUGUCUCAGCAGUCCUGUUUUUUGUUUAUGUGUGUACACUGAUGGGAAAUGCUGUGUUUAUAACAUUAUUUGUAUUAUCUAAGAGCCUUAAGAAGCCUGUUUAUUAUUUUAUUGUAAAUCUUGCUGUAUGUGAUGUACUUUUCAGCACCACUGCAUUACCAAAGAUAAUCAGCAGGUAUUGGUUUGAAGAUCGAUCCAUUUCAUUUUUGGGUUGCUUUCUUCAAAUGUUUUUUGUGCAUUAUUUUGGCACAGUCAGUUCAUACAUACUGGCUUUAAUGGCUAUAGAUCGCUAUGUAGCCAUUUGUCACCCGUUUCGAUAUUACAGCAUUAUGACAAACAGAAAUGUACUCAUUCUGUGCUGUGCAGCUUGGGUCUGGGCUUCCUUGGGCCCCCUGAUGUUGAUUAUUCGGGCGUAUCCUCUCCCAUACUGUGCAGAAAACACCAUAGUACACUGUUUCUGUGAUCAUGUUUCGAUUACAACACUGGCUUGCACCGACCGAACUCUUUAUGGGUUCCCAGCUUUGGUCAAUGCCCUUAUAGUGCUGCUGGGUUCACUUGCUGUUAUUGUUUUCUCUUACUGUGCUAUCAUUGUGGCCGUUCUGCGUAUAUCGAGUGCUCAAGGAAGACUGAAGACUUUCUCCACCUGCAGUCCUCAGCUCAUCAUUAUUGCUCUGUUUUUCUUACCCAGAUGUUUUAAUUAUUUGUCUAGCAAUAUUAACGUAAAGUUCAGUACUGAUUUGCGAUUGGUCAUUAUUAUGACGUAUAGCCUGUUGCCACCGAUGAUUAACCCAUUUAUUUAUUGUUUGAGAACAGAAGAUGUCAAAAUGAUUUUUAAAAUACUAUUUCAAAAUAAACAAACGGGCAUUCAUUUACAGGUGCCAUGA